AUGGGGUGGUUGGGCCCAGGCUGCAGGCAGAUAAGUUCGACCAUGGAAGAUGAGAUUCGGGUCCAAUCGCCCUCAUCUGUUCGGCGCCGUCGGAGAAAGAUCUCUAAUGCGUGCAUAGCCUGUCGCAAUCGCAAGUCCCGAUGCUCUGGGAGAAACCCCUGUGAGAGAUGCGUUAGUCGCAAGGUACCAUGUGUAUUCGAAGAAAAAGAGGCAAAAGCUACGGUUUCUGUCGAGUAUCUCGACGGGCUGCAUGCUCGGAUCAAGGCACUCGAGACUCAACUCCAAGGCACACAGAGCUCACGGACGGAGGGGCAAUUGUCUGUUCAUGGUGAUGCCGAAGAACAGGGAUCGCCAGAUCCUUCAUUCGAAAAUUCCCUCUCAGAUCCUGAGAAGCGACCGCCAGUUGCUGCCGCCUCAUACAAUCAAGACCCAGGAGAGACGUCCGUUAUACAUCGGCGCCUCGACUCAGAGGACUUGACAAACACUUUGGUCGCCUCGGAGCCCCAGAUCAAAGUUCAUCGAUAUGGACAUCCUGCCUAUCUUGGGCACAGCUCGACUCUCAGUUUCAGCCGAAACGUACGCAACCUUCUUCAACGAUCAUCACCUAUCGCAGACCCCGGGAGUGUCUCCGUAGAACGCCUGGACAUAUCCUACACGACGAACUUACCGCCGAUUGCACUUGAUCUGGCCAGCAUCCCACUACCAAGACUCUCAUAUGCCGAGUACUUAACCAACACCGUGGUGGCGCAUUUCGGAUCGCUCUACUCUCUCUUCGAGCCAGAAGCUUUUCUUCAGAAAUUGAGAGCAUUCUAUAGCGAACGUGGUAAAUGCCAACUUCCGGAUGCCACAUUGUGGCACCUCCAGAUGCUUCUUGUAUUGGCGUUUGGCAAGUCCAUACUAUCCAGAGAACACUGCGAGAAGGGACCAUCUGGAAUGGUUUACUUCACCCACGCGAUCGAGGCCAUGCCAGACAUUCGUAGGCUUUACGAACACCCUCUACUGUCAAUCGAGAUCCUCUGCUUGGCGGCUUUGUUCAUGCACGCAACCGACCUGCUGCAAGAGUCUUAUGUUACUAUAGGACAGGCUUUGCGCAUGUCUGUCACCAACGUUAUGAAUAAGCUCUUCCCUGAAGCUUUGCGACCACCGAAUGUCGAGUACCAGCGGAGACUCUGGUGGACGGUCUACUCAAUCCUGAUCUGGUCACCCAGCUCACAGAUGGCAGUUCUUUACGGGACACAUAGCCAGCAAAGAAACUUCCUUGUUGAGGUCAAAGCCAUUCUUUCGCGUCUUGCAGAGACCUCCUCCGUGCUUCGGGAACACCUGUACCUGGAUCUUCAACAGACAAGGGAGUCGGUCAAUCGUGAAGCUGCCACACUACAUUUGUUGCUUCACCAGUGUGUGAUUUUAACCGUCCGACCGGUCCUGUUUUCCCUGUUGAAGCCUCUUCUCAGCCCCGAUACACCCUCGUCAAGCAACCCGCAGCCUUUGUCUCCCGCCUUCGAAUCUAUGCUGAGGAUGUGCAUUGACUCGGCGAUACAUAUUCUUAAGAUAAUGUCGCUUCUGAAACAUCAGAUGAUGUGUGGUGAGCGUCAUCCACCAGUAAUCCCGAGGGUAUGCUCACUUUCCGCAGACAUCUUCUUGCCGUACGACAUCGACGCAGUAUUCUCAGCAGCUUUUGCUCUAAUAUUAGUCGACAUCAUCAGGCCUGCGAAUGAGCUUCUCUGGGAUCUACCUCAAGUCAUGAGCCUACUCGAUGAAUACGUCUCCAGGCACGUCGUCCCAGCACAAGCUUACCGGGCGGACCUGGUACAGCUCCUCGAGCUUCAUAAUAAGAUACGCGGCAGAGAUGGUACCCCUUUCUCAAAACUCGGUGAUGCAGGGGCUGUUAGACAAAACUCGAACCUCGCUGGAUAUGCUAUUGCUCAUCCCGGUCAGACUGAUGUGUCGCCCGAUCCUGUGUGGUCGCACAUCAGGAAUGGGGAUGACGGAUUUGUUCAGCCGCACCCAGAAGCUAUUCUAUCAGUUAUUGACGAUUUAGAUGUUGAGGGGGCGGACCUUUUGGAUACGACUUUGCUGGAUGGGGGCUGGAUGUGGGAGUUGGAUGAUCUCUCAACUGAUCCAUAG